CUUUCUUCCUCUCUCCUUUUUAUUCUCCAGUUCCUUUUUAUUUCUCCCUUGCGUAACUGCGCUCUUCCCUUCUGUGCCCUGCCUGUAUUCCCACCCUCCCGGCCACCUCAUUUCUGAGACCACGGCUGUGGGCAGCAUCCCCAGCUCAUGCCAGCCUCAUCUCCAGGUAACAUGGGGGGCUCGGUCCGAGAGCCGGCCCUCUCGGUUGCUCUCUGGUUGAGUUGGGGGGCGGUCCUGGGGGCUGUGACUUGUGCUGUGGCGCUACUGCUCCAACAGACAGAGCUGCAAAGUCUGAGGAGGGAGGUGAGCCGGCUGCAGCAGCGGAGUGGAGCCCCUUCCCAGAAGCGGGGAGAAUGUCCAUGGCAGAGCCUCUGGGAACAGAGUCCCAGUGUCCUGGAGGCCUGGAAGGAUGAGGCGAGGUCUAGGAGGCGAAGAGCAGUGUUCACCCCCAGGCACAGGAAGAAGCACUCAAUCCUGCAUCUUGUUCCCGUUAACAUUACUUCCAAGGUGGACUCUGACGUGACCGAGGUGAUAUGGCAACCAGCUCUUCGGCGUGGGAGAGGCCUGGAGGCCCAAGGAUACGUUGUCCGAGUCUGGGACACUGGAAUUUAUCUGCUCUACAGCCAGGUCCUGUUUCAUGAUGUGACGUUCACCAUGGGUCAGGUGGUAUCUCGGGAAAGCCAGGGGAGACGGGAGACCCUAUUCCGAUGUGUCCGAAGUAUGCCCUCAGAUCCUGACCGGGCGUACAAUAGCUGCUACAGUGCAGGCGUCUUUCAUUUACAUCAAGGGGAUAUUCUGACGGUCAAAAUUCCACGGGCAAACGCGAAACUUAGCCUUUCCCCGCACGGAACCUUCCUGGGGUGUGUGAAACUGUGACCGUGCUGUCAGAGGGGGUUCUGAACUGAGAAGAGCACUGUGGGCCCGUACUGGAGGCUGCAAGGACUGGCCAGACAAAGGACAAGCAGAUGGUCAAGAAGGGAUCUCCUUGGGUUUGAAUCCGUGACUCUUGUCCCUCCCUCUGCCUUCCCCCCUCCCCCUCCCUGGGCUUUGACAUAAAGGAUAUUAAAAAGGUACAAGAUUUUGCGUUUAUCUCCCA